CCCACCUUCCAUUCACACUCCCUUCCCUUCCCCAUUAUCAUUUAGUCUUCUCUCUCUCUCCCUCUCAAAGCUGAAGAAGCAUUCGGAAGAAAAUUAUAUUACUUAAGAAAUGUUGUUAGGGAAGCGUCCACGCCCUCCAAUGAAGAGAACAGCAAGCAUGACUGGGAUCACCGUUGAUCUGACGGACGUGGAAGGCCAGGAACCGACUGAUGAUCUCCAAAACCCCUCCGCCGUCAACGAUGAGCAUGCAGUUGCAGUUGCAGCAACGGUGGUGGGCCCACAAGAAACUUGUCCUGUGAUUAACAAUAGUCAUAAUUAUAAUUAUAAUAUAGAAAUGAUGAACAUGAACAACAGCAGCUUAGGGUACCAUGAAGAGCACCGUUUCUUGGCCAUGUUGUCACCCAGAAACAACCACAGAAGAAGGAACACGGCUUCUCACGAUGUUGUGGAGACCGCUCACUUCCUUCGCACGUGUGGCCUCUGCAAACGCCAGCUCGCUUCAGGCCGCGACAUCUAUAUGUAUAGGGGAGACACAGCGUUUUGUAGUCUAGAAUGUAGAGAGCAACAGAUGAAGCAGGAUGAGAGAAUAGUUAAAGCUGUGUCCUCAAAGAAAGAGGACCGCCAUGCGUCGUCACGAUCCACGUCCAAGACCUCCUCCGGCAAAAGCCAGACCGUGGCGGCUGCUUGAUUAAACAAACAUAGCCCAAGGGCUGAAGACCAUCCAUCAUUCUCCUCAAUUGCCUGCCCCCAUUGACGUUGUUUACAUAUUAGUACUACUGCAGAUUUGUGUUGCUGCUAGAUGUUGUAUUAUAUAAAAUUAAUUGUGAAAAAGGUCUGUGAGUGCAUUUGCUUUAUGGAUCAUGCAAGUGGACUUUGGCCAAUGCUCUUAAAACAUUGCAAUUUAAUUUCUUAGCUAUUCUGA